GCGGAUAUUUUAAAGAGAAAAGAAGGCAGACCUGCGCACGGGCAAUGUUUGGCAAAUAAUGGCGACUACAAACUGGCUUUAGUGUGGCUGAGUUUAGGUUUAUGGGUGUGCGUGCUCCAUGCCAGGUGCCGUCCUAUCCUGGGCAAAUUCCAACUUGGAUGAGUACUGAUUGUCCGUGACCCUGAUCUGGAUGACAGAUUUAUAAAAUUAAAUGGCUGGUGACCCAUUGUUCACUUGUCACAUUAUUGGCCGGUACACCCAAAGUGAAGACUACUUCAGCCAAACAUGUCUGCUCCAUCAAAGAUUGGGAGACUGUCGAUGCGGGGGACCAUCCUCCUUCUCUGUGAUAUGCAGGAGAAGUUCCGCCCAAACAUCGUCCAUUUUGGAGAGAUUGUGUCCAACGCAGCGAGGCUUCUGCAGGCUUUUCAGAUCCUGGGGCUUCCUCAUCUAGCAACUGAACAGUACCCUCGAGGUCUUGGUCCAACCGUGCCUGAGCUUGGGGCACAAGGCGUGCCAACUUUCUCCAAGACCACUUUCUCGAUGUUGACUCCUGAGGUUGAAGCAGAGUUGAGCCGCGUUCCAGAUCUCAAAAGCGCAAUCCUGUGUGGAAUCGAGGCCCAGGCAUGCAUUGCGUGUACAGCGCUUGACCUGAUGGAGAGAGGCUUGCAAGUCCAUCUGGUGGCUGACGCCUGUUCCUCACGAACUCAGGUGGACCGGAUGAUCGCCAUGACCAUGCUGAAACAGAACGGAGCCCUUCUCACCACAGUCGAGGGUGCCAUGCUGCAGCUGGUGCGGGACGCGGCUCACCCCAACUUUAAAGAGAUUCAGCGGCUGAUCACUAAGCCAUCAGCGGACACUGGCCUUCUCUCAUUUUUUCAGAGCCCCCUGUCUGGAUGAGCUGCUCGUCUGUUAAACUGCCUUCUGUUUAAAUAUUAGCCAAAAUAAAUGUCAUGUGGGCAAAGUGGAUGACAUUGCUCUGUGGCGUUG